GACGCCGCGGAGGACGAACCCUCUCAUCGACCUAUCUUGGACCCCGCCCGUGAUGAAUCAUCCAUCGCUGAACAAACACCAGAACCAUCAACCGCUCCAUUCGCUUUAACAUUUAAGGUCAUUGAAGACUCCACCUCUAAAGGCAGACCAAAGCUAAUUGACAGCAGGGGAUACUGCUAUGGUGUCAAACGCCGUCGAGUCAACGCCACUGACUGGAUAUGCACCAGAAGACCCAAGGUGAAUAUAAUUUCAUUUGCUUUUAACUAAAAUAUUCAAACUACGGAAUUGUGCUUUUCCGAAAGCACAAUUCGACGAUUUACUCCGCACUGGAAAUUAUUUAUUCUUAUCAGGCAAACGAUAGUGCUUUUCCCGUAGUGUGAAUAGGCUCUAAUUGUCUUUUGUACUUAUCUUUUACCAGGUCAAUCCAUGCAAAGCAAGUAUAAUUGAACGGUCCGGCUCAUUCCACCUUGGUUCAAACGCCCACAAUCACGCAGCAGAAGUCGGCGCAACAUUAUCCGCUAGCAUUACAGCAAAAGUCAAGGCCAAAGCAGCAGUAGAUAUUUUCAGACCAGCAUCCGCCAUUGUGGCAGAGGUCCUCCUAGAAGAUCUGAAGGACGUCCCCUGUCCGUGUUUACCUAAGCCGGAAUACAUAGCCCGAGUUGCCAACCGACACCGACAGCGCCUGAGACCCCAAGAUCCAACAGACCUUAACUUCGAUAUAGAGGAAGACCACAUUCCAGACGGGUUCCUGCGAGGAGACAUACAAGUCCGCCGCCGUAGGCAUUUCAUGUUCGCAACCAACCAGCAGCUACAACACCUUGCCCGAGCCAAAUCUUGGUAUAUAGACGGCACUUUCAAGCUAUGUCGGCACCCGUUCAACCAGCUGAUGACCGUGAAUGCAUAA